AUGUCUCCAACAAAUGUGAAGAAGAAGAAGGUUAGUAGUAGCUAUAUACCAGAUGACAUUGCUUUCUGUAUUCUCUCUAAACUUCCUGUUAAAUCUGUUAAGCAUUUUUCUUGUGUUCGCAAAUCAUGGUCUCUUUUGUUUGAAAACCCUAUUUUUAUGAACAUGUUUCGCACCAAUCUCAUAUUCAAAUCUCAUCCACUCUAUGAUGAUGCAUGUCUUGUUCUAAACCAGCAUCUGGAUUCUGAUAAUUGGAACGUUUAUUUGCUUUCUGGAGAUAAGUUUGAGAAUAAAGUGAAAUUUGAUUUGCCACCUAUUCCAGAAUUUGGUGUUAACCCUAUUAGUGUUUUGGGUUCUUCUGCUAUUAAUGGUGUUCUUUGUCUUCAUGAUUACGAUGAUACUCGUACAACAUCACCUGUAUUUGCUGUAUUAUGUAACCCUGCCACCAGGGAAAUGAAAGUCAUUCCUCCUAGUCUUGCUGAGUUUCAAUCUGAGUUUACCACCGAAAUUUUUCUUCAUGGGUUUGGAUAUGAUCAUGUUAGAGAUGACUAUAAAGUUAUUCAACUUGUGGAGUAUUGUACUGAAUCUAAUGAUGGUGUCAAGCCAGACCCCUUUUGGGAGAUAUAUAGUUUAAAAACUAACUCAUGGACAAAGAUCAAUUUUGAUAUGCCAGAAAUUGAAUGGUGUUUUAAUAGUGAUGUGUACUUCAAUGGGAAGAUUUAUUUGAUGGUUUUGAUGUUGAUCUGA